GCGCGCACUUGGGACGGGGUUUGAAUUCCGCUCAGCCUCAUUCAGCUCCGGGAGACCGCGGGCUGUGCGCGGGGCGCAGAGUCCUGCACCUCACAGGGUCCUGCCUCUCGGCACCGCGGAGGGAGGGGACCAUGGAGGUGAAGACCCAGCCAUCUGACAAAGGCGACCUGCCUUCUCAGAGCCCUGCUCCUACUUCAGAGAACCUCUCCAAAAAGAAGGGAAGACUACCAGUCAGAUUCCGGCCCACCUGGAGCACGGAACCUGUGAUCUUCAGGGAUGUGGCCAUGUACUUCACCCAGAAGGAAUGGCAGCUGCUGAAGCCCGCCCAGAAGGACCUGUACAAAGAGGUGAUGCUGGAGAACUAUGGGAACCUGGCCUCCUUGGGGUAUCGGUUCUUCAAACCCAAGCUGAUCACCAGGUUAGAGCAAGGAGAUGAGCCCUGUGUCAAGGAGAGAGACGUCCCUCAAGAGCCCCAGCACAGCAGUGCUGGAGUCAGCGAGAGCCCCGUGUCCACUGACAAGAAGACACAGCUUACACCGAACACAACAUUUCCAAAGCCAGACAUCUCUACGAGGCCAUCCCUGGGGAAGGCAAAGGAAAUGGCCCAAAAGAAUGCUAGGAUGGAAGGGACUUUGGAAACUGAGGACAGGCCACCGAGGAGCACACAAAAAUCUGGCCCCAGCCCGGCUGCAGACUCAGACAAAAAAAUUCUCCCUGUAGAGCAAAACCAUGAGACCACGGCGGUGAAGAGAUGCCUGAGCCAUCCACCACCAGCAACGACAUCACGGAGCACCGCUCCAGAAAAGAAGACCCUAAAAAAAGAUAUUCAUGGGAAAAGCCAGGUGCCAGGCUUCCCAAAGCAGAAUCGUCCAAAAAUCCAACGGGGGAAGCCACACUUUAAAUGUAAAGAAUGUGGGAAAACUUUCAACCAGACCCUCCACCUCAUUGAGCACGAGCGGAUCCACACAGGAGAGAAACCCCACAAAUGUGAUGAAUGUGGGAAGUCCUUCCGGCAUAGCUCCUACUUCUUCACGCAUUAUAGGAUUCACACCGGCGAGAGGCCCUACAAGUGUAAGGAGUGUGGGAAAGCCUUCAACAGCAGUUCCACGCUGAGCAGCCACUACAGGACCCACACGGGAGAGAAGCCCUUCAAGUGUGAGGAAUGUGGGAAAACCUUCAAGCAGAGCACAAAGCUCACUCGUCACCGGAGGGUGCACACGGGGGAGAAGCCGUACCAGUGCAGCGAGUGUGACAAAUCCUUUGGCCGCAGCUCCUCCUUGACGGAGCACAAGAGAAUCCACACGGGGGAGAAGCCGUACCACUGCAAAGUGUGUGGGAAAGCCUUCAGAUGCAACUCGCAUCUUUUUGAACACCAUCGGAUUCAUCAGGAGGAGAAGUCCUACCAGUGCGGCCAGUGUGGGAAGUACUUCCGAAAUAGCUCCCACCUGUCGGAGCACAGGAGGGUUCACCAGCUGGGGCCCUCGGAGCGGUGCCAGGAGUGUGGGAGAACCUUCCGGCGCAAGGCAGCCCUUCUCAAGCAUCAGAAGGGCCACAGAGAGACUCACACCUACCAGUGUGAGGGGUGCGGGAAGGCCUUCCGCUGUAAGUCGAGCAUCGAGAGACACCAGAGGAUGCACGCUGGCCAGAAGCCGUACGUGUGCUCUGAGUGUGGGAAAGCUUUCACCGACAGCUCCACACUCAUCAAUCACCGCAAAAUCCACACCACGGGGAAGCUGCACCCGUGCCCCAAAUGCAGAAGGGCCUUCAGGCGGCUCUCGUCCCUGGCGCUCCACCAGAAAGUGCACACCAGAAAGAGACAGUGAGCUCCGCGUGUGGGGGAGCCUUCAGCCCGGACCCACACCUUCCUAAUCCCCGGAGAAGUCACAAUGACGCCAACUUUGUGAGCAGAGAUGGACUGUGCCUGCGGCGGGUCGCUAGCCGGCCAGCGAUCCUCAUUCAGCGGACAGCACUAUGUGGCCCCCCUAGACGUUUGGGGAGUGCCUAGGGCUAUCUCUGGUUGUCCCAGCCUAUUGCUGCCGCUGGCAGGGAAAAGACAGAGGCUAAGAAUCCUCCGAACCAUAUGAUGCAUCAGACACAUCUAUCUACAAGGAAUGUACCCGCCUCAGAUAUCAGGAGCGGCACCAUAAUUAAUUAAAUUUGAGAAGGAUUUCAGGAAUAGUCCACUACAGUAACCACUAAACGAUGUGUCAUGAUUUACAUUUACAUGAAUAAACAUAAAUAAAACGUACAGUGUUUCCUCAGCUGCACCCAGCCAGGAUUCAGUGGCCAAACGCGCCAGCGGUUGCCGAAUUGGACGGCGCGGGUGGAGAACAUACCCAUUGUUGCAGAAGGUUCUGAGUGGGCCCCGGUUUGGAUCUUUUAUCAAAAUCCUCCUGCAACACAGCCCCGAGAAAGUGAGCCAGAGAUGGAGGGCAGCACGGCCAAGUGUAGUGUUCCACGAAGGGCUCUGAGACUGUUGCCUCUGCAGAUGGUUCUGAUGUCUCAGGGCCGGCCAGCGUCGUGCCCACAAGACACUCCCUUCUGUCCGGGCCAGAACAGCCAGUCAGUCCCUGAUAAUGCUACCGAUAUAGGCUGACAUUUCCUGAGCACCUCACCCGCCAUGUGUGACGCUGAGCACUUUACGUUACCCGGCCCCCUGGAAUCCUCUCCGGAGCCUUAUAAAAUAGGAACUGAUGCCAUCCCAUGUCAUGGCUGAGAAAAUGAGGCUCAGGAAAGAUUUUUUUUUUAAGAUUAUUUCAAAUUUUGCACAUUAAUCUAGACAGUACUGCUAUUUUUUAUAUAUUCUAUGCUUUCAAAUUCAUAGCAUUUGAAUUUUCAUGAAAUAUAUCUUUAAAAAGUAGAGCUGUUUACAUUUCUGUUCGGACUGCACUUUUGGGCAGAGAGCAGCUUGGCUUUACCUACGGCAGGAGCGGGCAUGGAAUGAGAACUCUAGAUUGGAGGAGGGCAAACCAGGGCCAACCCAGUCCGUGGCCUGUGUUUGUAAAUAAAGUUUUAUUGGCACUUAGGCAACUAUCCUCUAUGACCGCUUCCAUGCAAAGCCGAGUGAUCACAACAGAGACCAGAUGCUCCAUAAAGCCUAAAAUAUUUGCUCUUAGACCCUCGGCAAAGAAAGUUGACCGAUCCCUGCUCUGAACAGCUGAUGAAUUGAAAUGAAUGAGGGUGGACUGUGGGAGUGGUUAGGGAAGGAAGAGAUAAACCCUCGAACUUUUGUGACCAUGACCCAGGGUGUAAAAGAUGCCCUGUAUUGCAGUACGACACACACGUGUGUAUUUUCAUACACGUGUAUGCCUUAACGCGUGUUUGUGCCUAUGUGAAGGACACGUUUAAUGCAACACUACCUACCCUUAUUGUGUGUACACACCGAUUCUCUUUCGCUUAAAAAGUCAUAACCUUCUAAAUCAAUUUCGCUAACCAACACAUGGCACAACCCCCAGCUUGAGAAGCCUUGCCUUGGUGGUGGGACAAUGUAAGAUAUCGCCUCCUUUUUGAGCGGUCUGGACUCUAAGGCCUUCAAGAGGGGCUGUGGCUGGCAUCACCGCUGGAGAAUUUGCCAGAAUGCGGAAGGUGGAGAGUGACUCUGUGUUCAGAGCGUGACUUUGUGCUUGCUCCCAGAGCAGCUUGGAGGAAGGACAGACCUAGGUUCUCUGGAUUGCUUUCACAACCUCCAGGACAUUUCCUUUCCGGCACUGGACUAAGGGGGAGGACGGAGAGAGCCUGGAUGGGGAUCUCCAAGGACUCUGGUGGGGCUUUAGGAGGGAACCAUCGGGGCGCCUGGGUGACUCAGUCGGUUAAGUGUCUGCCUUGGACUCAGGUCCUGAUCCUGGAUCCCAGCACCCUGGGAUCGAGC